AUGGGAACGACACUGACGUUGGGAAGAUUCUUGCUCGGUUCAGUCGCCAUAAUCACUAGCAUUGGCGGCUUCAUUGCUGAUUGGGACCACACCCACGUCUACAAUCCAAAAUGGCCGCCCCAUGCCAAGUUCCACAACGGUCAAACGAUGAGCACUGGUCUGCUGCUUGGUCUCAGCGCUCUCUAUCAUCUCAUCCGGCCCAUCGCCAAUAAAAAAGAUUCGCUCCACUUCGUCAUCCUGCUGCUGAGUCUGAACUGGGUAGCGCAGCUUAGUGCCGCGGUGUACCCUGGCGCCCUGCCCGUCGACCCCGAGUUUGGCAAGGGAUUUCCUCAACUGUACAUUUGCGCUGUUCUCUUCUCUAUGAUCGGUAUUGGAUACUAUCUAGAACGGUCGCGCAUCAUCAAAGCCUCCCACCAGAUUCACUCCAAGGCGACCUAA